CCGCCGCCGCCGCCGCGAUUGAAAUAUUGACGCUACCCCAUCUCCGAAUCGCCGCUAUUCGAGAAACGAUUGCUGCUGAGGAAAUUGGCAGCAGACUUUACGGACAUAUACAUAUUUCCACUGGACGCUGAAAACGCACAGGCAGCGUCUUUGCGGCCUCUCUGCUAAAAAGCUUCAACAUGCUUCUAAAUUUACCACUGGAGAUCAUUGACAAAGUGUUCGGAUACCUGAAUGAGAAAGAACAAGUAAAAGCGGCCCAAGUCCACCAGCAGCUUGGCCGCGCAUUUGCCUACCACGUUGGAGGGAAUUACAAGCGACUGAAUUGCUGCCAUUUUGUAGGCGGCACUUCUGUACUCCGCUAUACGUACGACGAGUUUAGAGUUAUUUUGUCCCUGUGCGGGUCCACUGUUGUGGAUAUUUCAAUCAAAUCUAGUGAUGUAACGGAUCGAAUUGGAGAACUCAUAGAAAAGUACUGCAUUAACCUCGAAUCUGCCUUUAUCGUGGUCACAGAUGGAAAUUUCAACGCGAUCAAACGUAUUUUAGGCAUGAAAGGGAUACAAAAACUUGGCUUGAAUAGUAACCGUUAUCGCGGAUCGGAUCUGUUGCAGCACAUAAAUCCAAACUGCAAAAGAUUGUGUUUAAUUGGAAAUACUCCGGACCAGAAGGAUCAUUUAAGGCAACUGACUAAUUUGGAAAAACUGGACGUGGAAUCUGUCGAAUUCCAAAAUAUUUUCGAAAUCUGCUCCCAUUUAAAGAAGCUACGGAAGCUCAUGGUUUCUGGUCUCCGGAAAACAUCACAGAAACUGGAUUUUUUGUAUCCCGAAUUGGAAGAGCUGUCUCUUCGGUAUUUCUACAUUAAACAAGAAUUUCCAACAUGUCCGAAGCUGAAAACGUUGAGAUUGUUCUAUAGUGUAUGUUUAACUGAAAGCGUGGCGCAACUUAUUUUAAAGUACGCCAAUACACUGGAGUCUCUGAUAUUAAUACCUAAAGAUUAUGAACACGAAUUCUAUGCAAAGGAUUUAAUAAUUGUUCUCAGAAAUUGUAAAAGCUUGCAGUUUCUUGACACCAAAAAUGGUAUUUUAAAAUCUAUAUUCUCCGAAUUACUGGAGUCCUUUAUUCAGGUUUUAAAGGAAAACGGUUUCAGCACACAGAAACGCUUUAAAUUGGUAGGGGACUUGGAUAAAACCGAUGAACUUAAGCAGGAAUUGAUGAACAAACUGCCGAAUUCCGAAGUGUGGGACUUGAUUACAUUGACUGACAUCAAGAUUUACUGCAAAUGAUUAUGAAAAUAGAUUUUCAAGAAUACUAAAUAUGUACAGCCUCUGUUCUACUUCUCCACAGACCGCCAUAAGAAAUACGUAUGUAUGUAUACGUAAUACGUAUAAUGUAUACGGGCUUGCAUGCGGAUGGGUCGCCUUUUCUUUUUCCUGUAGGUGUGCUAAUUGUGCGAUUUUUUUUACCCCCAACAAUAACAACAAUAAAUACGGUCGCCAGCACCCUCGGGAAGGGAAAGGUAAUUCGCAAACCAAAGUCCAAUUCUACAUUUCGAAUUUUAAAGAAAGGCAGAAUUUUGGUUGGCUAAAUGAGAACCCCCACUAAAUGUUACAAAAAUAUCGUAGGAAAAGGGUGUCGUGGAGUCGGUGUAGUCCAAAUGUAUACAUAUUUAUUUAAUAAAAUCCCAUGGAAAUAAAAAGUC